GGAAAAGAUAAUGUUGCGUCAAGGUGGCCAUCAACUGCGGGCGUCCGCGGCGCGCGCGUUGUCGACGGCGGCUCCGGCACCCGCGGCACACUUCACCCUCACGCCUCGCUUGAAGGACGGUUCGCGUGAAGCGCGUCGCCUUCGAAAGCAAGGCCUCUUGCCUGGCAUCUUGUACGGCGAAGGUGUGAAUGGCGACGCCUCCCGCGUCCUCGUGAGCAUGAACCAGGUGGACUUUGAGCGCGAGUACCGCAAACUCCGCACGUCCAUGGGGAACCAAGUGUACGAGGUCACGACGGGCGACGGCGGCCCCGCCACGAAGGUGCUGCUUCGCGACGCCACGCUCCACCCCGUGACAGACAUCCCGCAGUCGGUCAACUUUUUGCGCUACAAACCCGGGCGCAAGGUGCACAUUCCGUUGGACUUCUUGAACCAGGAAGGAUCGCCGGGUCUCAAGCGCGGCGGGUACAUCAACAACGUAUACCACGAGAUCCCAUGCACGAUUGCGUCCGAGGUGAUCCCGUCCAAGUUGUACGUGGACGUGAACGGCAUGCACGUCGGCGAGCGCAUCUACUUGGAAAACAUCACGUUCCCCGAGCACGUGACGCCGCUGGUCAAGCCCGAAUCGGUCGUCGCGACCAUUGCCGGGAAGCGCGGGCUCAUCCAGAAGCCAGAGGCGGAAGUCGUGGAAGUGGUCGAAGAAGCUGCCGUGGAGGACGACGAUGACGACGACGAACCGAUCUUUUAACCUCGCCAUUCAUAGAUGUGUACACCUACUUUUUGCAACAC